AUGGCGACUGCAGACGAACCACCAUCCGCACCAAUCGUUCCCCCUACAGCGAAGGUCGCCAGCGCCAAGCCUCCAAGGGCGUGGCGCCCUAGGCAAGACGAUGAUAUCCGCGGAAUGACGGCCGUUUCGGUCGAGUUAAAGGCUGUGGCCCUGGAGGGAGCAGAUGAAGGCAUCAUCGAUGUCUACCACAGAAAGGACCCCCCUUUUUCGGCCAACGGUUUGUCCUUUCUCAUGGAAUUCCACAAGGACCACUCGACCAUCAACCUAUACGGCAUGACCCCUGAAAACCGUGAAAUCGUUGAAUUGGCUCUCAGAAACGGCAAGGCAGAAAGGCUGUAUACCAGUCGAACCGAGAGGCCAGAGCAAGAGGGAUGCCAGGUUACUGACCCGAGCAGGGAAAAUUGGAGACCAAGCACCCCUUCGGCAGAAGCGAUUUGGAAUACCUCCGCCGAUAUUUUACUGUGA